UCUUGACCAGUAAGUACAAAUAUUUCACCCUGCAAUUUAUUUUUUGUCGCUACGUUUCAAAACCGACUUAAAAAUGGGAUGAAGUAUCGCACAAGCCAAAGGCCAAUAAAAUUCCGAUGAAAUUUUUUAAAAAAAAACACAUCCUUCAUUUUUAAUAGUGAUCGGACGCAAACGCUAACUAACACCGUUAACUCCCAAAUUUAACGGCGUGACGAUGAAGAGAAUCGUGAGGAUAUCAUUCACCGACGCGGAAGCCACCGAUUCCUCCAGCAGCGAAGACGACGAGCAGACAAACACCGAGUCGCCGCCGCCGCCGCGACGCCGAGGGAAGAGGUGCGUCAACGAGAUCGUCAUCGACCCGACCGAUUCCUCCGGUAAGAAGAAUCGCGAUCGCGGCGGGAAGACGCGGUUCAAGAUCAGGAUUCCGGCGAGGCUUGAGAAGAAGAAUAAGAAGUUCCGAGGGGUGAGGCAGAGGCCGUGGGGGAAAUGGGCGGCGGAGAUCAGGUGCGGCAAAGCUCGCGACGGACGGCCCGUUCGCGUAUGGCUUGGGACGUUCGAGACGGCGGAGGAAGCUGCUUUGGCGUACGAUAAGGCGGCGGUUCAGCUGAUCGGGCCUGACGCGGUGACUAAUUUCGGUUGUUCUAAGGCGGCGAAGGAAGGUUCCGAUGCUGGCACCUCCGCAGUGGCAUGAUCGUCUUUUGUUAAUUGAUUACUUUUUUUUUUUUACCUUUUUAACUUUUGUGAAUAAGUCAUAAUAACAUAUGUGCAGUUUUUUAAUUUCUCAUUCCGGAUUCUUGGUUUUAUUUAAACUGUACAUUGUGAUCUGUUUUUUUUUUUGUGUUUUUAUUUUAUUGUGCAGAUUUGGAAUCGCUUAUUGCUUGAAUUUUUCAUGUUUUAUGGA